UCGGCACUCGGCUCUAGGUGAACGGGCGCCGGCAGACCGGAGCAGGUGUUCAACAUGGCGAUGGCGGCCAGCGGAUCUCUCCUCUCGGCUCUCCCCUUACUGCUUCUCUCGGCACUUCUGCUCCGCAAAGGAGCAGCUCAGAUCCUACCAGUGCAAGGGCAGAACCUGGUGACAGAUGACAUCUUCGUGGUGGAGGGUGAGAUGGCCACCAUCAGCUGCAGAGUGAGGAACAACGACGACUCUGUCAUCCAGCUCCUGAACCCCAACCGGCAGACCAUCUACUUCAGAGAUGUGCGGCCCUUGAAGGACGGGCGGUUUCAGCUGGUCAACUUCUCAGACAACGAGCUGCGCGUGUCUCUCUCCAACGUGUCGCUCUCGGACGAGGGGAGAUACGUCUGUCAGCUGUAUACCGACCCCCCUCAGGAAGCCUACGCCAAUAUCACUGUGCUCGUCCCGCCGGGAACCCCGAUUCUAGAUCAGCCGGAGGACAUGGUGAGCGAGGGCAACGAGACAGAAUUGACCUGCACCGCCAUGGGCAGUAAGCCUGCAGCCUCCAUUCGGUGGCUGAAGGGCGACGAGGAGCUGCAGGGCGAGUCCGUGAUGGAGCAGACGUACGACCACAUGUUCACGGUCACCAGUCGGCUGUCGCUCACCGUGACCAGGGAGGACGACGGCGUCCCUGUCAUCUGCAUCGUGGAUCAUCCGGCUGUCAAAGACCUCCAGGCCCAGAUUGUCCUGGAGGUGCAGUAUAAACCUGAAGUGAAGAUCAUUGUGGAGUUUCCUGAGGGUCUGACAAGGGAAGGAGAGAACUUGGAGCUCACAUGCAGAGCCAAGGGCAAACCCGAGCCUCAGCAGAUCAAUUGGGUGAAGCUGGAUGAUGACGUGCCCCCGAACGCAGUCAUCACAGGCACGGACCUGCUCAUCGAGAACCUUAACAAGUCAUACAACGGCACCUACCGCUGCGUGGCAGCCAACUCCGUGGGCGAGUCCUACGACGAUUACAUCCUCUAUGUGUACGAUGCUCUCACCACCACCUCUUUACCCACCACCACCUCCACCAUUCUCCCAGAGAUCGUCCAAGAAGCUACGCCCAGCUCAGACCCUGCAGCCCACGAUUCACGAGCAGGUGAAGGAGUCCCACAGAAGAUGGAUCAUGCGGUUGUCGGUGGUGUGGUCGCGGUCGUGGUCUUCGCCAUGCUCUGCCUGCUCAUUGUUUUGGGACGAUACUUUGCCAGGCACAAAGGCACUUACUUCACCCAUGAAGCCAAAGGGGCAGACGACGCAGCGGACGCGGACACGGCCAUCAUCAAUGCAGAGGGCGGCCACAACAACUCGGACGAGAAGAAGGAGUACUACAUAUAACUCCGUCCCAUGCCGGACACUCAGCUGUUUUAGGGGUGGGUCGGGCGGGGUGGGUGGGGCGGUGCGGGGGAGAGAAGGAUUUCGACUUCAGCCUGUGCAUCUGAAGAGGAGAAGAGCGCUGACGGGGUGGGGGAAGUGGGGUUGGGGGGGCUCGGACUGAAGGGAGGAGGGGGGCCGGACCAGGAGCGAGAGGAGGAGGUCAUCAUCAGAAAUCACUGUAGAGAGCUUCACCAUUCAACACCCUCCAAACUGCUGCGAUGGAUCUUAUUUAGUUCAACCAUUUGCAGAAGAUUCUGUGCCUUGUUCUAUUUCUUUCUGACUUUUUAUUGAGUUUUUAUUUCGUUCCUCUGUGGCCAAUUCCCAAGCUCCAGUCCUUCUUGUGUUGCUGGCUUUGCUGUGAAGUCAGAUUACUGAACUCGUGUGCAUCUCAUUCUGGAUUCCCACAUCCCUCCCCUAGGAGCUGUAACCCUCUGUGCCGUGAGUAAGUUUGGGCGCAAGCAAACUUUGUCAGCAUUUGAAACAUUUCAGAACACAAAAUGCUUCGCUGCGCACUGUUGUUAAGGAAUAUUGCUUAAAGUGUUCAAGCGAAAGCUUUAGUUUAAUGUCAGAGUAAUUUGCCAUACUUCUCACCAGUCUUCUCACAGGUGGACAGGUUCAGAUUUUGCUUUCACGGUCCUUACUCCGUUCAGUUCCUGAAGAGCUUAUUAUAUUAUUUAUUUUUUGUAUUUCAAAAAGAGAAACCAGUGUAAAGUGUCUAAACAACAUUUGUACAAUCUAGAAUGUUUGUGGUACAAACAAGGUACAACAUGUUACAGCAAAUCUCUCCAGUGAGUUUGCAUAUGUUUUAUUAAAUUGUGUGUUGCAUAAAUCCCAACAGACACAGUAAAAACACAGGAGUGUAUUUUUUUCCUUAACAUCAAGCAUCUAUAUCAACAGAACCAAUGUGCUUGUAUGGACUUAUCUUUUUAUCACUGGUCUUCCUAAUUGAGAGGAAUGCUAUAUCUCAGUUGUGUUCAUAGAUUUAAAUCAGUUUGGGUUAUCAAUGCAGUCCAUAAAUAAGUGAAAAAAAAACACACACACACAUACACACACACACACACACACACACACACAUACACACACGGGAUCCUUUCAUGUCCAAUUUGAAAAAGGAUUGAAAUCAAACGGAGCUGCCCCUUUAUUCCUUUAUUCAAAUGAUCAAGUUAAUUUAAGGUACUUGAAUAUAUUCAUUAUUCAUACGAUAUAACAUAAUUAAACAUUUCA